CUCUCUUUCUCACUUGGAAGUUUAUUUUUAGCCCUCAAACAACUGCUCUCCUAAAAAUGGGCAGCCGUGCAUGUACGACUGGAGGUGGAGCGCUGCUAUGUAUGGUUUCCUCCCCGCGCUCAAAGCCUCUUUCUCCUCUGGUGAGGCGUGAAGGAGCAAACACAGCGAGGGUACAAAAAAAAGGAUGCACGGAAAAGUCGUAUUUCUGGAGACAACUCGGGAUGCUUGAGUGCCGCCGCUGACAGACUUUGUCGCUCCGAUUCUGCCGGAUUUCCACUGUAACCUUUCCCAGGGCCUGUGUGACCUUUGCGUCCACUGUGAAUCGAAACCCAACUUUUGUGGACGUUUGGGAGCUUGUAGCGAAGCACCAUGUUCUCCCUGUGGUUGCUCCUGCUCCCGUGCCUCAGCCUCGUACCCCUAGCCCCGGCCGAGAAGGGCUUGGAGUUCCCGCAGUAUGACGGGAAAGACCGCGUUCUCGACAUCAAUGACAAGAACUACAAAAAAGCCUUGAAGCAGUACGGCAUGCUCUGCCUGUUCUACCACGAACCCGUGGCGGACAACAAGGAGCAGCAAAAACAACACCAGAUGACCGAGUUGGUGCUGGAGCUUGUAGCUCAGGUCAUGGAGGAGAAAGACAUCGGCUUUGGAAUGGUGGACUCCCACAAAGAUGCAAAGGUGUCAAAGAAACUAGGCCUGGAGGAGGAAGGCAGCGUGUAUGUUUUCAAGGCUGAUCGGGUGAUCGAGUUUGACGGCUGGCUCUCAGCAAACACCCUGGUGGAGUUUUUGUUGGACUUAUUGGAAGAGCCGGUGGAGGUAAUUGACAACGCUCUGGAGUUAAGGGCCUUUGACAGGAUGGAGGAGGACAUCCGGGUCAUAGGUUACUUCAAGGGCGAGGACUCUGAGCACUACGAUGCCUUUAAGGAGGCCGCAGAGCAGUUUCAGCCCUACAUUAAGUUCUUUGCCACCUUCGACAAAUCUGUGGCCAAAGAGCUGACCCUGAAGUUGAACGAGGUGGACUUCUACGAGCCCUUCAUGGAGGAGCCCGUCACCGUCCCAGGAAAACCUCACUCCGAGGAAGACCUGGUCCAGUUCAUAAGUGAACACAGACGGCCGACCUUGAGAAAGCUGCGUGCGGAGGACAUGUUUGAAACCUGGGAGGAUGACAUCGAAGGCAUCCACAUUGUGGCUUUUGCAGAGGAGGAGGAUCCAGAUGGUUUUGAGUUCCUGGAGAUCCUGAAGGAGGUGGCCCGGGAUAAUACGCACCUUCCUGAGCUCAGCAUUGUAUGGAUCGACCCAGAUGACUUCCCCCUGUUGAUUCCCUACUGGGAGAAGACCUUCAAGGUGGAUCUGUUCAGGCCGCAGAUUGGUGUGGUCAACGUUACAGAUGCCGACAGCGUGUGGAUGCUGAUGGAUGAUGAGGAGGAUCUGCCCUCAGCCCAGGAGCUGGAGGACUGGAUCGAAGACGUGCUGUCUGGGAAAAUCAACACAGAAGAUGACGAUGAGGACGACGACGACGACGACGAAGACGAUGAUGACGCUGACGAUGACGACGACGACGAUGAUGAUGACGAUGAGUAA